CCCAACCCCAGCCCCAGCAAGAGCCAGAGCCAGUGCCGGCACCGGAACAGGACCAGACGUCAGGACAGAUGUGGGAGCCAGUUUCAGAAGCAAUGCUGAGAUCUGAUCCUCGCUCGCAGAGGAAGUCUGAGUCAGGUCUAUCAGUCGGGACAAAAUCCGAACUGCUAGAGUUGCCGCGGGGGGCAGACCCCGGUCCAGGUGGAGGGGCUGGGCCCUUAUUCAAGGGCAUGUCAGAGCAGCUCCCCGCGCAGGGUUUAGUAUCUGGGAACGUGCCCUUGCUCAAAGAGUCUGGGUUGUGUCCAAGACCUCUGCCUCUUCUGCGACCAGGACAGGCGAAGACACCUCUUGGAGUUCCAGUGUCGGGGAGUGGCACGGCCCCUAGUGCCCCAGUGGUCCCACUGCCUCUGGACAGCUACAAGGGCUGGCUCCUCAAGUGGACCAACUACCUGAAGGGCUACCAGCGCCGCUGGUUCGUGCUCGGCAAUGGCCUGCUGUCCUACUACAGAAACCAGGGUGAAAUGGCCCACACUUGCCGUGGAACCAUCAACCUGGCCACUGCACAUAUUGAUACUGAAGAGUCUUGUGGUAUCUUGCUGAUGAGUGGGGCAAGAAGUUACCACCUCAAGGCCAACUCAGAGGUGGAACGGCAGCAGUGGAUCACCGUCCUGGAGCUGGCCAAAGCCAAGGCUGUUCGUGUGAUGAGAUCCCAUUCAGAUGACUCUGGAGACGACGACGAAGAGACUGCCUCCCCAGCAGAUAAGAGUGAGUUACAACACACCCUUAAGAACCUCUCCCUGAAGUUAGAUGACCUCAGCACGUGCAAUGACCUCAUUGCCAAGCAUGGUGCCGCACUACAGCGCUCCUUGAAUGAACUAGAUAAUCUCAGAAUUCCAUCUGAGAGCGGUGAGAAGCUGAAGGUCGUGAAUGAGCGGGCCACCCUCUUCCGCAUCACUUCAAAUGCUAUGAUCAACGCCUGCAAGGACUUCCUGGAACUAGCUGAGACACACAGCCGGAAAUGGCAGCGGGCACUGCAGUAUGAGCAAGAGCAGCGUGUCCACUUGGAAGAAACCAUUGAACAGUUGGCCAAGCAGCACAACAGCCUUGAGCGGGCCUUCCGCAGCGCUCCUGGCCGGCCCCCCAACCCCAACAAGAGCUUCAGCGAGGGAAGCCUAUUGACUUCCAAAGGAGAGGACAGUGAGGAAGAUGAAGAUACCGAGUACUUUGAUGCCAUGGAAGACUCCACAUCCUUCAUCACCGUGAUCACCCAGCCCAAGGAAGACAGAAAAGCUGAAGGUGGAACUGGAACAAGCUCAGUGGACUGGAGCUCAGACAAUGUGUUAGAUAGUGCCUCAUUUGUGUCCAAGGGUUCAUCCAAAGUCAAGAGGCGUGUCCGUAUCCCUGACAAACCCAACUACAGCCUUAACCUCUGGAGCAUCAUGAAAAACUGCAUCGGCCGUGAGCUCUCCAAGAUCCCUAUGCCGGUGAACUUCAAUGAACCCCUAUCCAUGCUCCAGCGGCUGACUGAGGACUUAGAGUACCACCACCUUCUAGACAAGGCAGUGCAUUGCGCCAACUCAGUGGAGCAGAUGUGCCUAGUGGCUGCCUUCUCUGUGUCCUCCUACUCCACCACUGUGCACCGCAUCGCCAAGCCCUUCAACCCCAUGCUAGGGGAGACAUUUGAGUUGGAUCGAAUGGAGGAAAUGGGCCUGCGCUCCCUCUGUGAACAGGUGAGCCACCACCCUCCCUCAGCUGCCCACUACGUGUUCUCCAAGCAUGGCUGGAGCCUCUGGCAAGAGAUCACCAUCGCCAGCAAGUUCCGGGGGAAAUACAUCUCUAUCAUGCCACUUGGUGCCAUCCACUUGGAAUUCCAGGCCAGUGGGAAUCACUAUGUGUGGAGGAAAAGCACCUCAACUGUGCACAACAUCAUCGUGGGAAAGCUCUGGAUUGACCAGUCAGGGGAUAUCGAAAUUGUGAACCAUAAGACCAAUGAUCGGUGCCAGCUGAAGUUUGUUCCCUACAGCUACUUCUCCAAAGAGGCACCCCGAAAGGUGACCGGAGUGGUGAGUGACAGCCAGGGCAAGGCCCACUAUGUGCUGUCUGGCUCAUGGGAUGAGCAGAUGGAAUGCUCCAAGAUUGUGCACAGUAGUUCCAGCAGCUCCAGCUCUGAUGGGAAGCAGAAGACAGUAUAUCAGACUCUGCCAGCCAAACUGCUGUGGAAGAAGUACCCACUGCCGUGAGUAAGGGUUAGGGGCCCUCUUCGGGAUAUGGGACAGGGACUGAGGGAGAAACAGAAAGGAGGCUAGUGAGCAGUAAACAAGAAAAUGACUCUCCUUCCCCCACCCAGCAAGAAACACAAGGUUGGGAGGGAUCAGUUGACAUGUGGGCAAAGAACAAUAUCAUGCACCUGACAUCCCAGUAUGGAAGCCAGAGAAAAUGAAUGUAAAACUAUCUGGAGAGAAGAGAUACUAUGCAGAGACAAGGUGACUGGACAUAAUCCUUCCAUGACUGAGAAAUAAAAAUGAACUUGAAAAAAACUUGCAGGAAACAGAAAAUUAUAAGUGUAAUUUCAGAUUCUGAAGAGAACAAAAUAGAAAUUCUACAAAAGAAAAUAACCAAAGUUGAGAACUUCAUGGAAAGUUUUAACAGAAUGAAUCCAUCACCUGAAUAUAGGUGAAUGCUCACAUUGUAACAUAAAGAGACAUCCUGGAGAACCUAAGAAGCUAGAGAAGAAGGCCUAUGGGUGACCCUAGUGAAGUUCCCAGAGUAGGUUUGUUGGCAUACCCUGGGGAUUUGUUAGUGUACAUAAUCUGCCCCAGACAGAAUGGGAAUCUGCAAUUCAAUAAGGUCCCCAGGGCAUUCACAUGCAAGUUUGAGAGCAGUGUCCAGAACACUUCUAGUCAGAGUCCUAGAAGGGAACAGAGACCACUUCUGAAGAGCAAAUAGCAGAGGAUUUUCUACACCUAAGUCUAUACGGUGAGACUGAUGGAACUAUAUCAGAGAAUAUUAGGCAAUAUUAGAUUUUUUUAAAGCAAUUACGAGCUGAGGAACAUCACUUUGACAGACACCUUUUCAUCAACAAAAUUGAGGACUUGAAAACAGCCAAGUAAGAUCUUCCAUGUGCUAAGAGACACAUUGUCGGGGCAAACCAUCUUUAAAGAAUAAAGUUGAAAUAAAGAUCUUCUAUGGAAAACAAACAUUCACUUGGCCACCAGAUCUACAUUAAAGGAUAUACUUUUGGAAGAAGGUAACUAAUCCCAGGUGAAAGAGCCAAGAUGUAUAAAUGAAUGAAGAGUAAAAAUGUGGAUCUAAAUGAACAGUGAAUAAACAAAAAUAAUAAUGUCUCAUGGGGUUUUAAAUUUUAGACUAUUACCUCCAUUUAUUUACUGUUACCUCCAUUAAGUCAGAAGAGAAAUAAAUGGUGGUAACUGCUUGAAGGCCCUAUGCUACCCAGGAGGUAGGUCAAGACUAUUGGAAGUACGGAUACUGUAAUUCCUAGGGUAGCCACUAAAAUAAUACAUUUAGCUGGGAACUCAGAAGAAAGGAAGAAAAAAAAUGGAGAGGAGGAAGAAUGGCUAAAAAGAAUAACAAUAACUUUCCGAGGGCUAAGGAUGCGGUUUAAUGGAAGAGAAUGUGCUUAUUAGCAUUCCUCAGCACCAAAAAAAAAAGUUCUCCGAAUGAAAGAAAUGAAAGACCUUGAAUUGAAAGGGUCUACAGAAUGGCAAAGAUGAGAAAUAAAUAAAAAUGUUAGACCACAGGGUCAAAACUGAGAACAUCAAAGAAAAAAUUCUAAUACCUUCCAAAAGAUUUCAGUCAAGGCUGAAGACUCAGAUUAACAUCAGAUUUAGUAACAGCCAAAACUGGAGUAAUAUUUUCAAAGUUAUGAAGAAAAUGAAAUUAGAAUGUAGAUUGUUCUAUCCAACUAAGAUACAAUAUGAAGAUAUGAUUUAAAAAAACCUCAAGCAGGCAUACAGAAAGCAGAAAGUUUGGCACACAUAAACUGAAGAUUAAACCCAGGGCCUCCAGCAUGCUACUUACACAGGUUAGACAACACUCUACCACUAAGCACAUUCCCAGCCCCCUAGACAUAAUAUCUUAAAAUGGGGAGGGAAAAAUUUCAAAAGAUGUUGUGCUAGACACAUGAAGUAAACAGAUUUUAUAAAACAAUUACAAAGACCAAAG